AUGAUGAGUGAUUGUGAAAUAAUCGACCAGUAUGAGAGUGGAAUCAACGGAUGGAGAUUGAGGAAAAACUGGACUCUGCUUAUCAGAGAUUCUAUCGGGAUGCAUCGGGGCCGAAUUUUGCUGGCGAGGGGAAACUAUCGAUUUGCUGAGUGUACGGUUAAUUUAAACAAGCAGUGUCUCAUUCAGAGUUUCAAAAAUUCACGGUGGAGUUUUAAGAACAUCGACUACAAAUGGCAGGAGAUUCAAAAGUUCAAGAGAGACAAGCCGCGAGUUUUCAUCCUGAUUAUGAAUGUUUUAUCAACGAUAUGGGAGUCCUACUCCGAAGAAACGGUUAAAAUUGGAAUUACGCAUAUUAAUGGAUGUUCUUUGCCGUUGAAUUAUCGAAUGGCUUGUUAUUUUGUUAAUUCGUACUGUGGAUUGACAAUUGUGAUUGCUGAUUUUCCACCCCAAGAGUUGAUUAAUCGUAUCAGUGAUAGUAAUAUGAACUAUACGUACGAUAGUUGUCCAGAAUUUUUGAAUAAUCCUGUAAUGAAUUGA